AUGAUCACCUCUUCAGACGAAACCUCACAGUCAACGCCCACACAGUCAACAGAGCGAGUGAGUUUACCAAAACUAAAUACAAUUCUUGUCCAGGUACCGACUUCCAGCCCAACUACCACUAGACCAACAACAGAUUCCCAAAGCCAGAAAACUAUGAAGACCACACACUGGAGUCUAUCUUCUGUCGCCAUUGAGAAUAGCACCUCACUACCUACAAUAACCAGGCAAUCGAAAAACUCCACCACUAAAAAACUGUCAACAGCAACAAACGCUUCUACGACUCAUGUCCUACAAAUCUCCGAGGUUACUACUGACACCGCAGAGCAAAAUAUUACAGCGACACCUGUCAAUGAAAGUGAUCUUACACCGGCCACCCAGACGGAUGUCCAACCCCAGCCAAACUCAGAAAACCGAAUUUCAACAGGUAAGGGAUCAAUUUCACACCAACUUGACUCUGUCUCUCCCCUUUCUUUCUCUCUUCCUCUCCUCUCUCUUUCUUUCACUCUAUCCCCCGUUUCUCUUACUCUUACGAUUCCCAAACCUUGCAGCAUCAACGUAUCGUAA